AUGGACUGGGAGGCCAUUUCAGAUGAUGUGCUGAGGGAAACAGAUGUCGCGUACGAGCAGGAACUUCAAAUAAAUCCAUACAGCGUCAGGCUGUGGUGUGCUUAUGUGAAAGCGAAGGCUGAGGCACCCCGGGCAGUACGCUACCUGAUUUACGAGCGUGCAGUGAAGGAGCUCCCCGGCUCGUACAAGCUGUGGCACGCUUACCUGCAGUUACGCAUGAGCAGCGUAAAAGGCGCAUCAGUUCUAGAUGCUGAAUACGAGGCUGCAAACAAUGCCUUCGAGCGUGCGUUGGUGUUUCUGCACAAGAUGCCGCGCAUUUGGCUAGAGUACAUCGAGUUCUUGAUGAAGCAGAAGAAGAUAACACGUGCACGACGUGCGCUAGACAGUGCAUUGCGGUCGCUACCCAUCACGCAGCAUUCCCGAAUAUGGGAGCUGUACGUGAAGUUCAUCAAGGAUGGAGAAGUUCCCAAGGAGACGGCACUCUGUGCUUUCAGGCGGUACCUCAUGCUGGAGCCUGAUCAUGUCGAGAUCUACAUCGCCUACUUGCGAACAAUUGGGCGUUAUGACGAGGCUGCACAGAAGCUCGCCGGUGUGGUGGAUGAUGAGGACUUCAGCUCCAUGGAGGGAAAGACUCGUCAUCAGCUUUGGAUGGAUCUCUGCGACCUUGUCUCCAAGCAUCCUGCUGACAUCAAGUCUCUAAACAUCGAGUCAAUCAUCCGCAGCGGCAUUCGGCAAUUUACUGAUGAGGUCGGGCGAUUGUGGAUCUCUCUUGGAGAUCACUUCAUCAGGCUUGGCCAGUUCGAGAAAGCCCGUGACAUUUACGAGGAAGCCAUGACGACCGUCAGCACGGUGCAUGACUUCUCCUUGAUCUUCGAAGC